AUGCUGAGACCGGCAUUUCUAGACCAAGAACCUCCACCUGGAUAUAUAUCUGGAAUUGGACGAGGUGCCACGGGAUUUACAACUUCUGCUGAUACUGGCUCUUUACAACCUGGCUUUACUAUAGAAAAUGGAGAAGAAUCCGAUGACAAUUUAGCUGGAGAAAUUGGUGAUGAGGGAGCUAUCCUUGCGAGCGGAAAAAACCGCGAUAAAGAAGACGAAGAAGCAGAUCAAAUUUAUGAGGAAAUUGAGAGGAAAUUGCAAAGAAGAAAAGUGUUAAAAGAAGAAGCAGUUUCAGAAGCAGAAAAUCAAAGUUAUGAAAUCAAGAGCAAGUUUUCGGAUUUGAAGAGAUCGCUUUCGAGCAUUUCAGCCGAACAGUGGGAAGCUUUACCAGAAGUUGGAGAUAUUACAAGACGUAACAAGAGAACGAGACUUUAUGAGCAGCAACAGCAGAGAACGUAUGCUGUUCCAGAUAGUGUUAUAGCUGGAAGUAUAGCGAGAGCAUCACCUACCAACUUCCAGUCAAUUUCCGAGUCUCGAGACCAAUUACUUCUGAGCCAACUUGACUCCUUAUUACCUAAACAUGAGAUAGAGUUUAAUGCAGAAGAAGCAACCGAGAUAUUGAAGAAUGACCAGCAUGUACAAAUUGCAGAUAUCAGGAAGGGCAGGCAAAUUCUUGCUUCCUUGAGAAGAACACAGCCAAAUCUGUCAAACUCGUGGAUUGCAUCUGCAAGACUUGAAGAACAGGCAACCAACUACACUAUGGCCAAAAAGCUCAUUAUAGAAGGGUGCAAGCACGCUCCAAAAAGUGAGGAUAUCUGGCUUGAAAGUAUACGUAUACACAAACUAACUUCUGAGGGAGCGAAAAUGUGUAAGGUUAUCGUAGCCGAAUCUUUGAAGUACAACCCUGGUUCGGAAAAACUUUGGAUCCAAGCAGAAAACUUGGAGAAUUCUAUAGAUGUGGUCUCCAGAAAACGGAUUUUGAUGAGAGCUAUAGAGGCUAUACCAUCCAGUGCCAGUCUUUGGAAGAGACUAGUGGAUUUGGAGACUAACCAAGAUGACGUAAGCAAGAUUUUGACCAAGGCAAUAGAGUUGUGUCCUACUGAAUGGGACUUCUGGUUAACUUUAAUCAAUUCGUCCGAAUACAAAGACGCAAAAACACUUCUUAACAGAGCCAGAAAGGCAUUGAAUGGAAACUACCAGGUAUGGAUUACCGCAGCUAAAUUGGAAGAGAGAGAAAAUUCAACAAUUGAUUCAUCAAAGAUAUCAAAAUUGAUGGAUAAGGCAUUUAAGGAAACCGAGAAGAGUACGACUACAAUUCUGCGAACUACUUGGUUAGAAGAAGCCAUCAAAGCAGAAGAAGAAGGAUUCAGAAAUACUUGUAGAGCCAUUGUUAACAGUCUACUUUCUUCUGAAAUAAACCAAGAUAAUCCAGAAGAAAACCUUGUAACUUGGUUCCAGGAUGCUGAAACUCUAGCACUGAAAGAGAGUGUGGAAGCUGCGAACUAUAUCCACCAAUUCAUUGUUGAGACCAAUCCACAUAGCAUUAACAGUUGGAAGGAGUUGUUCUCAUUUUUAAAGAACUCAUCAAACAGGAAUUUGGAUACUUUAUUUAACUACUACAAGAGAUCUAUAGAGUUAAAUCCGAAGGUCGAGGUUUUGCAUCUCAUGUAUGCAAAGGAUUUGUGGCAAUUGGCUGGCAAUAUUGUCGAAGCGAGAAAGGUUUUGAAUGCUGCUAGUCAUGGACUUGAAAAUAAUGAAGAAGUGUGGUUCGCAAGAAUCAAAUUAGAAAUCAAAUCCGGUAACUUUGAACAGGCUCUAUCCAUUUCUUCUAAAAUGAUCAAAGCUAUUCCUACUUCUUCUGAUCGCGUUUGGUAUAAACACAUUCACUUGGUGCGAUGUAUGAACAAUAGAGAACAAAAUCCUAACUACGAGGGACAGAUAUUGGCGUUACUAGAAAGUGGGUUGGAUUCUUUUCCAGAAUCUCCUAGACUUCAUUUGCAGAAAAUACAAGUUCUUCUUAGAGACUUGAGAAAACCUGACAUCGCUAGAGAAUCUGCCCGUGCUGCAGUUGAAAAACUCCCCAGCAUAGUUGAACUUUGGAUCUUGUUGUCUCAUAUUGACGAACAACAUUUGAAUAUUUUGAUCAAAGCCAGAUCUGUAUUGGAUACUGCUAUCCUCAAAAAUCCAACAAGUGACAAAUUAUGGACAGCAAAAAUACAACUAGAAAGAAGAAAUAAGGACUUUGUGGCUGCUAGACAACUUGUUAACAAGGGAUUGAAAGCUUUUCCUAAGUCUUCCAGAAUCUGGAUCGAGUACUUAUCUUUGAUUCCCAAAAUGUCACACAGAAAAACUGCGUUCUUGGAUGCUUUGAAAAGUACCGAAAAUUCUCCAGAAAUCCUUUUAGGUAUUGGUGUAUUCUUCUGGCUUGACAGUAAACAUUCCAAGGCUAAAUCGUGGUUCGAAAGAGCGUUGUCAAAUGAUCGCAAUAGUGGGGAAUGCUGGGGCUGGCUCUUCAACUUCAUGAAAUCAUAUGGAAAGCAACAAGAGAAAGAAAAUUUGAUAAACUCAUUCGAGAGUCACUACGAAGAAAUCAAUAAAGGAGAUAUUUGGAAUUCUACGAACAAAGAUAUAACCAACUUUGAGAAAACUCCAAAGGAAAUCCUUGAACUUGUGUCCAAGGUUCUUAUAUCUAAAUAUAGUACAUAA